CUCCUCUGUCCACGCCGGUCUCAUCUCCGCCUUGCCAUCGCGCAGCUCGGCGCAGCGCUCUUUCGGGGACUCCGCGGAGGAGCAACAAUGGAUUGGCCCCAACAAAGAUCUAGCAGGUGUUGGGAGAAGACAUCCCAUCUGAAAUGGAGGUGAUCUAAGGAGCUGAACAUUGAAUAUACCACCAUGGGGUUGCGGCUGCUGGCUUGUCUUUUUCAUUUGCCCACUGCAGUGAUCUACGGGUCCCUGUCGCUGUUUGUUUCCAUUUUGCACAAUGUAUUCCUCCUGUACUACGUGGACACCUUUGUCUCGGUUUACAAGAUUGAUAAGCUGUCCUUUUGGAUAGGAGAGACUGUGUUUCUGAUCUGGAACAGCCUCAACGACCCUCUGUUUGGCUGGCUGAGUGACCGGGUCUUCCUUAGCACACAGCAGCCAGGAGCAGAGAUCUCCUCCCCAGAAGUAGUUCUGAAGAGACUCAGGGCACUAAGCCACAAUGGGCCCCUCUUUGCCAUCUCUUUCCUGGCUUUCUGGGUUGCCUGGGCUCAUCCUGGUUUGCAGUUCCUUCUCUGCCUUUGCCUCUACGACAGCUUUCUCACCAUGGUGGACCUCCAUCACAACGCCUUGCUCGCAGACCUGGCUGUUUCAGCAAAGGACAGAACUAGCCUCAACUUCUAUUGUGCCCUCUUCAGUGCCAUAGGCUCGCUCUCUGUCUUCAUGUCCUAUGCAGUGUGGAACAAAGAAGACUUCUUUUCCUUUCGCAUAUUUUGCGUGGUGCUGGCCCUUUGCUCCAUCAUUGGUUUUACCCUGUCAACACAGCUGCUUCGCCAGCGGUUUGAGGCUGAUGGAAAAGCAAAAUGGGACCAAGAAUCAACCCUGAAGGAGCUGUACAUUGAGAAGCUCUCUGUCCCCCAGGAGAAGAGGAUCACCCUAGCAGAGUAUCUCCAGCAGCUCUCCCGACAUCGCAACUUCCUCUGGUUUGUCUGCAUGAACCUAGUCCAGGUGUUUCACUGCCACUUUAACAGCAACUUCUUCCCCCUCUUUCUGGAGCACCUGCUGUCAGACCAGAUCUCUGUCUCUACUGGAUCCUUCCUACUAGGUGUUUCCUACAUUGCCCCUCACCUCAACAACCUCUACUUCCUGUCCCUCUGCCGCCGUUGUGGGGUUUAUGCUGUGGUGCGAGGACUCUUCUUCCUGAAGCUGGCUCUGAGUGUUGCCAUGCUCCUUGCAGGACCUGAUCAGGUGUAUCUGCUCUGCAUCUUCAUUGCCAGCAACCGAGUGUUCACAGAAGGGACCUGUAAGUUGCUGAACCUGGUGGUCACUGACUUGGUGGAUGAGGAUCUAGUCCUGAACCGUCGGAAGCAAGCAGCCUCAGCACUGCUGUUCGGGAUGGUUGCCCUGGUCACCAAGCCAGGCCAGACUUUUGCCCCUCUGAUCGGCACCUGGCUGCUCUGUGCGUACACAGGCUACGACAUUUUCCAGCGCGACCCCUUGAGCAACGUGGUGAGCGCCCAGCCGAAGCUGGAGUCUGAUGCAGCCUGGGAGCCAACUCUUCGCCAGGGCUGUUUUUACCUCCUCGUCUUCGUACCCAUCACGUGCGCGUUGCUACAACUCCUCAGCUGGUCUCAGUUCAGCUUGCGUGGGAAGCGUCUGCAGAUGGUGAAGGCUCAGCGCCAAAGCCUGAUGCAAGGCCGAGCUCCAGAGGUCAAAAUGAUCUAGGGAUUUCUGAGCCCAUGCGGGUGUUCUGUGUUCUGGCUCCAGGCUGAUGCAGGACUGCAGACUAGGCAAAGGGAUCACUGGCUGAGAAACCCACGUUUACUGUUCUGUAACUGUGAAAUGCCGUAAUGCCAAUGUUUACUCAUUUCAGGAGGUGGUCACGGGGGAAGGCAGAGAAGCGUUCAGCAUGUAAUGGGGCAGGGAUAGGUGGCUGUGCCCACAGGAACAAGAGCAUUUUAUCCUAGCCAGUCUCUGGUCCCAAGGAGCAGAGAGCUGCUAAUUAUGGAAGAGGAGGCACCAAGUUGCAGUGUAUGAUGGAGGGCCACAUCCAGUACCCUGCCCUGGGCAUGGCCCUUGGGAGCUGUAGCCUCUCUGGCUGAGCAGGAGGGAGACCGCACAGGGAGUCCUUCCUUGCUAGAGCCCUGCAGCUUUGGGGAGUGGAGUAGGAGGCUCCUGAGGAACCAGAUGACCAAGGGGUGACUUCAGGACAGCAGGAAGAACAGGGAUGAGAGCACCCUGAAGGCCUUUCCCAGUAGCUGGUACAACCCCUCCUACAUGGAGGGCUGCAGUUCUUGGACCAAAUUUACUCUGAGGCUUUUCUUGGUCCCAGGACAACACCCUGUACAGCCAGGGUCCUCUGGCUGUUCUUGUUCUGCACUGAGGCUCCCUCUUGUGUGAUCGCACAGAAAGAGUUGUUGCUGAGCUGGUAAAUGCACUGGGCUUGAACUGUGCUCAGAGCCUAGAGCUGGAGCACCUUGUCUGGCAUUGUCUUACCUGCGUUUACCUAGUCUCCCAUCCACAGCCCCUUCCAUCAGCACUGUCACACAUCUGUGCCAUAAGCGCCCUUCUAUCGUGGUUGGGGCUGUAGGAUCAAGGUCAACGAACCAACCUGUAACUGAGUGGAGGGAAGAUAGCAGGAGGUUUAGUCUUCCCAGGCUCUGGCUGGAAGCAGAACGGACAGGUAGUCACCAGAGGGAUCCCUGAGGUGAGGGCUGGUGCCUCAAUCCUGAACAUGUCAGUGGGCAAAACCAGGUCAGAAGAGAUAUGACAAAGCAGGCUGGGUCUGGGCGAGCAAACAUCUGUCCUGUGCCUUCCUGCAGGAAGAAGGGAUGUCUAGGCAGUGGUUGAAGGCCACUGUGUGGUCAUGGACAUGCAGUUCUCUGCUCAGUCACCUCCCUGGCUUCUCCACCAGGUUUCCUUGUGGGUUACAGCCAACAAACCUGCCAUCUUGCCUCAGGACCCAGCUGCCUUCUGUCUUGGACCAAGAUGCAGCAAAGCUGUUGUG